GUCCCCUCGCGCUUCCCGAGCCGAGCGCGCUCCCGGCCCGCGCGCUCCGGGCUCCGGCUUCUCCCGGCUCCUGUCAGUGCGGUGACUGCGCUGGGAAACAUGGCGACCGAGGGAAUGAUCCUCACUAACCACGACCAUCAGAUCCGCGUCGGAGUCCUCACAGUGAGUGAUAGCUGCUUCAGAAAUCUUGCAGAAGACCGUAGUGGGAUAAAUCUCAAAGAUCUUGUACAAGAUCCUUCUCUGUUGGGUGGGACUAUAUCAGCAUACAAGAUAGUACCAGAUGAAAUAGAAGAAAUCAAGGAAACUCUCAUAGAUUGGUGUGAUGAAAAGGAGCUUAAUUUGAUAUUAACAACUGGAGGAACAGGGUUUGCACCAAGAGAUGUCACUCCAGAGGCCACAAAAGAAGUAAUAGAACGGGAAGCACCAGGGAUGGCCCUGGCAAUGCUGAUGGGAUCACUUAAUGUUACACCUCUGGGCAUGCUUUCUAGGCCUGUAUGUGGAAUUAGAGGGAAAACUCUCAUUAUUAACCUACCAGGUAGCAAGAAAGGAUCUCAGGAAUGCUUUCAGUUCAUACUGCCAGCUCUACCUCAUGCCAUUGAUCUUUUACGUGAUGCCAUUGUAAAAGUAAAGGAGGUGCACGAUGAACUUGAAGAUUUACCUUCCCCGCCACCUCCACUUUCCCCUCCUCCCACAACCAGCCCCCAUAAACAGACAGAAGACAAAGGGGUUCAGUGUGAAGAAGAGGAAGAGGAAAAGAAAGAUAGUGGUGUUGCUUCAACAGAAGAUAGUUCAUCCUCACAUAUAACUGCAGCAGCCAUUGCUGCCAAGAAGCAUCCAUCCUACACCAGUAUUGCUGUUAUCAUGGCACAUGGUGAGCAGCCCAUCCCUGGUCUCAUCAAUUAUUCCCAUCAUGCAACAGGCAGUGCAGAUGAACCGAUUCCAGACUCCAUCAUUUCUCGUGGUGUUCAGGUGCUCCCACGAGACACAGCCUCACUCAGCACUACUCCUUCAGAAUCACCUCGAGCUCAAGCUACAUCUCGCCUUUCUACAGCUUCCUGCCCAACACCAAAAGUCCAGUCCAGGUGCAGCAGCAAGGAAAACAUUCUCAGAGCCAGUCACAGUGCUGUUGAUAUCACCAAGGUGGCUAGAAGACACCGCAUGUCUCCUUUUCCUCUGACAUCUAUGGACAAAGCCUUUAUCACAGUCCUGGAGAUGACUCCGGUGCUUGGGACAGAAAUCAUCAAUUACCGAGAUGGAAUGGGACGAGUCCUUGCUCAGGAUGUGUACGCGAAAGACAACCUGCCCCCUUUCCCAGCAUCAGUGAAAGAUGGCUAUGCUGUGCGAGCUGCUGAUGGCCCAGGAGAUCGUUUCAUCAUUGGGGAAUCCCAAGCUGGUGAACAGCCAACUCAGACAGUAAUGCCGGGACAAGUCAUGCGGGUUACAACAGGUGCUCCAAUCCCCUGCGGUGCUGAUGCAGUAGUACAAGUGGAAGAUACUGAACUUAUCAGGGAAUCAGAUGAUGGCACUGAAGAACUUGAAGUGCGAAUUCUGGUGCAGGCUCGGCCAGGCCAAGAUAUUAGACCCAUCGGCCAUGACAUUAAAAGAGGGGAAUGCGUUUUGGCCAAAGGAACCCAUAUGGGCCCCUCAGAAAUUGGUCUCCUGGCAACUGUAGGAGUCACAGAGGUUGAAGUUAAUAAGUUUCCAGUUGUUGCAGUCAUGUCAACAGGGAAUGAGCUGCUAAAUCCUGAAGAUGACCUCUUACCAGGAAAGAUUCGAGACAGCAAUCGUUCAACCCUCCUAGCAACAAUUCAGGAACAUGGUUACCCCACAAUCAACUUGGGAAUUGUGGGAGACAACCCUGACGACUUACUCAAUGCCUUGAAUGAGGGAAUCAGUCGUGCUGAUGUCAUCAUCACAUCAGGGGGUGUGUCCAUGGGAGAAAAGGACUAUCUCAAGCAGGUGCUGGACAUUGAUCUUCAUGCUCAGAUCCAUUUUGGCAGGGUUUUUAUGAAACCAGGGUAUGAAAAUCUUAUCUCCUAUAUGGUUUCAGGGAAUCCUGUAUCAGCUGUGGUCACCUGCAAUCUCUUUGUUGUUCCUGCACUGAGAAAGAUGCAGGGCAUCUUGGAUCCUCGCCCAACCAUCAUCAAAGCCAGGUUGUCGUGUGAUGUAAAACUGGAUCCUCGCCCAGAAUACCAUCGGUGUAUACUGACUUGGCACCACCAGGAGCCACUGCCAUGGGCCCAGAGUACAGGGAAUCAGAUGAGCAGUCGUCUGAUGAGCAUGCGCAGUGCCAAUGGAUUGUUGAUGCUACCUCCAAAGACAGAGCAGUACGUGGAGCUCCACAAGGGCGAGGUGGUGGAUGUCAUGGUCAUCGGACGGCUAUGAUGGUCGCUAGCAGGAGAAAGCUUUGAUGCAUGUCCACAUAUCAUUGACUGUAAUAUGCAACGGUACAGCUAGUUUUUCUGAUUUGGAUAAAAGUUGAUCUGUAUAGUCAACAUCUUGAACUAUAUUUCAAAUGAAUUUAAAUACCUUUUAAAGAAAAGAAAACCUAAGAAUAAAUCUUAACAGACAACUCUAUUCUGAUUAUAUCGAAGCAAAUUUUUCCUUUCUUGCAAAUUGCUUUGUGUGUUCAAUGCUAGGUCUGAUAGCGAUAGCUUUUAGUAGACAGCAGUAGGUGCCUGCAGAACUUGUGUUUUUCUCAUCUUUAAAAUACAACUACUUAUGCUCUUAAACAAGGCUGUCUGCUUAUUUAUACUAGUAUAGGCAACACUUGGAUUUCCCUUCUUAGUAUGCUUCAUAACUGCUUUAUGGAGAGCUUUUGCUUGUUCUUUACAUAUAUCUCGUGUUUAUGUGACCGUGCCUGAAGGAGAGAGAUGGAAGAGGCCCUGCAGGCCUCGGGAGCAGCCCCUGCAGAGUCAGGGUGCCCCUCGCCCUCAUAACCUCAUGGCACAGUACUCUUGGGCAGUAAAUGGGUACCUUUUAUUUGAACAAACAAACUGGGGGAAAAUGCUUCCUUAAGUGCUGACAGCCUUUUUAACCAAUACAUUUAAAAUUGUACAGAAAAAAUAAAAUAAAAUCAAAGACUGAUCUUGUACAGAUAUUAGUGUUACCAGCAUUCAUGUGGAAAUCAAGAGCAAAGAGAAAAUAAUGUUGAACAACUCUGUACCAUACAUUUUCUGUAAUGAUACUGAAACUUAAUGAAUAAAAAAAUCCUUGAUCAUUAUU